AUGGACGUCAAUAAUCUUUCCAGUAAUUGGAAGAAACUUCAGGAGACGCUGAAAAAAGAAAGUGCUUCCUCCGCCUCUAAGAAACGCAAGACAUCGGACCGCGAGACUCAAAAUGUUGCAACCAAGAAGCAGAAAACAGAAACAAUAGAGCACAAGAAGAAAUCAAUAAAGAAGAGAAGAAUGUCCGAGGGGCACGAGCAUGGAGGGGACAGGAGCGCACAAGUUUCUGAGGUGAAAACUAUUUCCCGCAAAAGCUCUACAGCUACGAUCUCCGAGCACACACGGACAGCGUCCAGGACAGCAAAAGUUAAUGAGGGCCGUUCACCUACUGCAGAAAUAGGUAAAUAUGUCGCUAUGGACUGCGAAAUGGUGGGAGUUGGUCCCAACCCCGAUAAUGAUUCUGCCCUCGCGCGUGUCAGUAUCGUCAACUUCAACGGCGAACAAGUAUAUGAUUCAUACGUCAGGCCCAAAGAGAUGGUUACAGAUUGGCGGACGCAUGUGAGCGGCAUUGCUCCCAAGCACAUGGUGGAGGCUCGAUCCCUUGAACAAGUCCAGAAGGAGGUUGCAGAGAUUCUUGACGGGCGAAUACUCGUGGGACAUGCUGUGAGCAACGACUUAGAUGCUCUUCUUCUCGGCCAUCCCAAGCGCGACAUCAGAGACACAAGCAAGCAUCCUCCUUACCGAAAGAUUGCGGGUGGUGGUUCUCCGCGCCUGAAAAUGCUGGCGUCGGAGUUUCUAGGCCUGCAUAUCCAGGACGGGGCGCACUCUAGUGUCGAGGAUGCUAAGGCUACGAUGCUUCUGUAUAGACGAGAUAAAGAGGCAUUCGAGCGGGAGCAUUUGAAGAAGUGGCCAAUUCGCGUCGUCGUCGACAAGAAAGAAAAUGGCGAGGACCAGAAGAAGAAAAAGAAGAAGAAGAAGAAGGCCCGAGUACUCGACAAGACUUCCCCAUCAGCUGCUCAUCUAGAAAUGUUCGCCAUCCAAGCAUCUCAGAAGCCGUCAUCUGCAGCCGACAGCGAGAAGUCGAUGGAGAAUUGCACCCCUCACGUUCUCCCCUGUAGAAUCCACCAUGAUGGGUUCGUUGAAACGCUAGAGCGUUACUGGAACCCCGUGUCGGAUGAGAAAGAUGAGAGCCUACAGACUGCUUACUUUCGAGGACGCAAGCUUCGAGGCCGACGUGUUGCAAUUCCAGAAGGCUACCAAGGAAUGGUCGUUAAGCCUACUGAGCGUGUUCUGCCAUCUAAGAGAACGGACACUGGAUAUGAGGACGAGAAUAUUCAACUCGAGCAAGAAGAGCCGAUAAAGGUUUUAGAAAAGCAGGCUACUUUUGACGAAUUCAUGGUCUGGGGCCAUGAAGAGGUGCCGGCGGCAGAUGAUGCUUUUGUCAAGGGAGUCGAAGAAUGGUUGAAGAUGGCUGAAGCAUUGCAUACCCAACCCAGCGACGCAAAGACAAAUUCCAUUUGA